GUUUGCCUUGUGAUUCAAGCUUCAUUGCACUUUCGAGGUCUCGUUUCAGUCCUUGGCAGGCAGUGAAUGUGUGCUAAACUUCGGUCUGUGCUGUCGUUCGUAGCUAACCCUCAAAACACACGGCUGACUUAAAGAUUUUAAGCAGUCAGACCUUUUAUCUAUCUGACAGCCCUGGUCAGGGGGGGAUUGGAGGACAUCAGCCCUGAUGAAUGUCCCACCUUGAUACUUAGGCAGACCUCUGAUCCGAUGUACUUAAGGGAGGUUUUUCUAGAGAGAGGUUUACACCAACUCAUGCGAAAAUGAAAGGUGUACCUCAGAAAACAAGAACAAGGAGACCUAAGAAGACGCCGACAGAGAAAGUCACUUCAGACGUUGCCUCCUCUCAGGCCACAGAGGGAUUAGAUGAUGUGUCAGCUUGUGAUUUUGCCGUUGUCAGCCAGUCUGCUGAGAGUUCCUUACAAAGCACACCAAAACGGGGCAGGCGACGAAUGGGACACACACAAGAGGCCUCCCAGAGCUGCAGUAAAACCAAUGGUCCACCAGUCAAGUGCCGGCGUGGCAGGCCACGGAAGACCAAAACAGAAGACACUACUAUUCAGACACUCAAACGCUCCAGACCUAGAUUUGAAUUGGAGAGGGCUGAUGCAGCAGAGCAAGAUGUGUCUUUGCGGUCCUCAGAUCUAUCAAUAGAGCUGAGUCACAAUGAGGAACAGCUGCCGACUUUGUCCCCUGAGGAAGAUGGGAAAAGUGAUGCUGAUGACGAGGAGCUACCAAGUUUCUUGAUGCAGGUGGACAAAAAGCCCCCGUCAAUUACAGAAGGACAGUUUGUGUGGGUCAAAUACAGAAAUUAUCCAUUCUGGCCAGCAUUGGUGAAAAGUGUGAACCGCAAGCAGAAAAAAGCUAGCAUCUUGUUCAUCGACGACCCAAAGAUUCACCAAAAGAAAGGGUUUACUGUGGCUCUGAAAACCCUCAAGCCCUAUGACUGUGAAGAAGCCAGUGAACUGGUGUGUAAAGCCAAAGAAGAGUAUGAUGCUGCCAUUGACUGGUCCUUGGACCUCAUAGGAGACUACAGAAUACGGAUUGCAUGUGGCUCAUUCUCUGGCUCUUUCAUUGAGUACUUCGCCCAUGACAUGAGCUAUCCAGUGAGGAGAACGUACCCACAGGCAGCCUCAGAGAGACUAACCAUCGCCAGCGAUGCACUGACGGAGGUGCCAUGCAAUGAUCAUAAGGAGGACAGUUCUUGUGAACAGCAGGAGGAGGUCAGCAGGAGUUCAAAGAGGCUGCUGCCAGAUCGGAGUCAUGCCGCCCACAACCGCGCUAAUGAGAAGCUGGUGCAUUUCAUCGUAAAGCAGCGCAUGGUGGAAGAACACCUUCUGGCUGUGAUCCGUGGGCAGGAGCAGUCCAGAUGGCUUCGCUCCUUCUUGAGUGCCAAUCGGAGACGGGUGGUGAACAUAUACCUGGAAGAUGACCAACAGUUGGACCAGGUCUACUGGUACCUGAACAAUCUCUAUGCAACGGCCGUGGCCACCGCCACUUGCCUGUCGGAAGUGAAAUCCAUGGAGCGUGUCCCCUUUGUCCUGGAUGUGCUUCUUCCUGAGGCCAUCAUCCACGCCAUAGCUGGGGUGAACAAUGUGUCUGUGAAAAAGGCAGAAGAAAGUUACAUGAAGGGCCGGAGCAUCAGUAACAGAGAGCGGCAGGAGUUUGAUCAGAUGAUUGAGCGGCAAAUGAGUCAGAAGAACACUGCACUUGCGUUAGUCUGACCCCAUCUGUCAUGAAAAGUAUUGUAAAAACAGAACCUAUUUUUAUAUUGUUGUUUUGUCUUGUUUUGUUUUGUUUUUUCAAGAUAAUGUUGCAGCAUGUGUGCCUUACAUAAAAGAACAUGAAAUACUGUACAUACUGGACUCACAAAAGCUGGUUUUAAAACAAUAAUGUUAACAAAAGCUUGACAAUCUCAUUUAACUGCAUUUUUGCUGCCAAAUAAAAUAACUUUUCUCAGUUUCUA